UUGCGUUCUGGAGAUCUGUGUUUAUCGAUCUUUAUUGACAGUGUGUAAGUUAUUAUAAAGUUAUUAUAAUCGAAACGAUUGGGACGAUUCUUUGAUCUGUCAGCUAAGUAAACGUAUUAAUAAUGAAGGCACCGGGAUGUUCGUCGAUUUGGCGUUGGACUCUAUUUGUUAUUUGUGGACUUUUUGUUAUUGCACAUGCAAACAUUAAUAACGACGACGAUGAAUGGAUCGAUCCAUAUGACAUGCUGAAUUAUGACCCAACAGCCAAACGCAUGAGAAAACCCACAGAGGCAGCAAGUUACACAAAUGUGCCAACCAAGAGAAGAGAGUUCAGCUCAGACUCCUGUGAACUGCCAAAGUGUCCUGAUGUCUCUGAGUGCAUGUUUAAACUCAGUGUUUUGCAGAAAGAGGCUAUCACAGUCACAAUAACCAGCUUUAUCACCGAUCCACUGAAGCACAUCGGGCAGGGCAUCAGUGAAUUUCUGAGAGCUUUGCUGAAAGAUCUGCCGUUCACUCUCCAGAUACCUGUGCUUCUUGUGAUUGCAGGAGCCAUCUUUGUCUUCAUGUAUGGAAGUGCUUAUGCAGCUAUACAACAUGCAAUCCCUUGGCCCCGGCUUGGUGGACGCCGAGACCCGCCCCCACCUGCUGUAGAGCAACGUCAUGCUCCCAGACUAAGAGAGAAUGAAUAUUGGGCUGGAGGUGACGCCCCACAGCCAUUACAAGAUCCCCACCGUAACAAUAUCAAUCAUGUCAGGAACCGGGUUAACCAUGGCUUUGGGGCAGGAGAAGCGAAUGCUAAUGCCCCACAGCCUAACCAGGAGGGCAUCCGGACCCCUCAGCCAAGAGAUGGAGAAAGCAGCAUGGACAUUCUAGAAAAAUUUGUUGGCCGGCCUGGAGAUGUUCAAACGGUACGAGUCGAAACCCUGCGGUCUACGGGUAACAUGUCUAGCCAAAAUGACGUUGAUUGUCAGCAGAGGACGCUGGAGCAGGACCCUGUUUCCCCUAAAUUGUUGUAUAUUUAUUGGAUGAUAAUGAGGGUGCUGAGCUGUUCGUCUUUUGGAUUUUGGAGUCUGUUUGUUUUUUGUGAACUUUAUGUUUUUACCUAUGCAAACAGUAAUCAAGGUGAUGCAUGGAUCAAUCUAGAUGACAUGAUCAAUUAUGACCCAAGAACAAAAAGCAUGAGAAUACCCACAGAGAAGGCGUGCACCACUGUUCAACAGCCAACAUGUCUUCCGGUAUUCAAGCGUUUAAUUUCCAGGCUCCUUAAGGAAACUACGAAACUUGGUCUACCUGAUGGUGCAAAAACAUUUAUGCACUAUGACGCUGAGGUGAAACUGUCCAGGCAAAUGGUAUCAGAGUUCCAGAAGCUUUUGAAAGACGACAAAGACUGGAAAAACGGAGCUUUGGAUGAGGCUCUUAGUCAAUUUCUGGUCAACUUCAGACUCAGUGACCACAAACCCUGGACGUGGCGAUUUGAAGAAACAUUUCAUGUAGAGGUGGAUACUGCCUUGAAGCUUUCUUUGUGUGUUCUGGUGAUCACAGCUGCUAUCUGCACUGAAAUGUGGUCUGUGGUGUCUUGGUUCAUCCAGUUCAAAAGAAUAGUUCUAAUCUGCUUUUUCAUUAGUUUGAUCUGGAACUGGUUGCAUCUUUAUAUGCUUGCGUUUGCUGAGCACCAGAAGAACAUUGUGGUGAUGGAGAGGCUCCGUGAACAAUGUACUGGGAUGAAAGAAAUGACCUGGUGGGACAGUUUACUAGAGUGGUAUAGACGUACAUUUACCCUUCAAGAUGACCCUUGCAAAAUAUACUAUGAGACUGUGCUGGUGAACCCCAUUUUACUUGUACCCCCAACAAAGGCUUUUAUAGUCACCUUAACCUACUUAUUCACCGAUCCAUUGAAGCACAUCGGACAGGGCAUCAAUGAGUUUCUCAGAGCUUUGCUGAAGGAUCUACCAGUUUUUCUCCAGAUACCUGUUUUUUUAACAAUUGCGGCACCCUUCUUAGUGUUUACAUGUGGAAGUGCUCUUGGUGGCGUUAUAAAACACGCUGCUGUACUGUUGCCCUGGCUUGGUGAGCAUCCUGCAGCCCCAGGCAAGAGAUGAUGAGGAUUUGGCCCCACAGCCGCUACAUGUGCACCAGGAAAGGAACAGAAUUAAUCUGGUCAGAAACACGGUUAACGAGGGCAUUAGGGCAGGAGAUGCCAAUGCUAAUGUCCCACAGAACACCUCAGCCAGGAAAGAGCAGGUCUGGGAAUGCCCAGGCAGUGCCAUUGGAAACACUGUACUCUGGCCGCAUCUCUAGCAUCAACCCAACUCAUUUUCAACAGCAGGAAGAGGAAGAAGAUUGGAUAUUAGAAGGUGAAGAUCACGAAGUGGAUGAUGUCUAUGUCUAUGAUGUGUAUGACUGUAAAUCUACCAUUUACAAGAGGGAGGAGAAAGACACUCAGACUUCGAGACAAAAUGAGAAUGAACCUACAACAACUGUGCCUUCCAAAGAAAUGUAUGUGAAAACACUAGGUGCUGAUCAUUGAAAGAAUACAAGGUUUGUUUGACUUUCAACGUCAACACUGUUUGAUUAUGGAAAUACAAUUGGAAUUGGUUUAUACAAAUGGAAUGGAGAGGAACAUAUGCAGAGGGGAAUAUUCUUCAGCAAAACAGUGACACAUUGAAUGGUUCCUUAUUCCUUUCAGUAUGAAUGCAUUUAGUACGGAUGCACACUUAAAAUAUUUAAAACAUACUGGGGACCACGGUUUUUAAUAAUGUAUUUCUUCUAUUUUGGAAGGAAAUUUGUGACCUAUAGUCUGCAAAAACCCAGCUGAAGUAAUUUUUGUGGUUUACUGUUUUCUACAUAAAGUCAUCCUACAUAAUAUUAAGAAAUUAUGUUAAAUCAUAGUGAAAUUAAUGGCUGAAAUCAAACUUUCAGCCAACUUAAAAAGAAAUGUAUAACCAUCUAAAAAAAUUGACAGAACUGAAAUAUAACAUAAUA